AUGGGAAGAAAUAAUGUGGUUUCAUGGAGUUCCAGCUUCUUGGUUCUGGGACUCUUUAGCUACUUGCUGGUUGAAGCUACCAGAGAAGGGAUGUUCUUGGACAGCGAGAGACAUGGAUUGAGCAAUGGGCUACAUAGUAGGUCUAGAGAACAGGGUGGCUAUGAUCAAGGGGUUACAGCUGGUGGUUAUGACGGAGGAUAUGGAGGUGGGAGUGGAUCUGGGCCGGGUUAUGGUGGAGGUUUUGGGAAUGGGGGUGGAGUAGGCAAUGGUGGUGGUGGUGGUGGUGGUGGUGGUGGAGGGUUUGGUUCAGGUGGUGGUAAUGGCGGCGGGUUUGGUGGUGGAUGGGGCAAUGGUGGCUUCGGUUCAGGUGGGGGUGGUGGCUUCGGGUCAGGGCCUGGGGAAGGUAUUGGCUCGGGUUCAGGGUGGGGUGGAGGAGGUGGAUUUGGCUCAGGCCCUGGCUCGGGGUAUGGUAACGGGGGUGCAGGUUUUGGUGGAGGUCAUGGUGGAGGUCAUGGUGGUGGCUAUGGUGGGGGCGUUAAACCGCCGGGAAGAAACUAA